AUGGACUCUCUUUCUUCCACCAGCCCCAAGGACUCUUCCUUCGCCUCCGCUGCCUCCCCAUACUUUGAUUCCCUCUUCCGGAGGCGCCAACAAAAGAAAAUGAGCAUCACCCAAACAUACUACCUCGCUCACACCGCCCGCAAGAAGCUGUCGGUUGCGGCGUCCAAGGCAGACCACGACCUGCGCCUGUUGGUAGGCCACGCCAAUUUCCUCGACAGCCUGAUGCUCGACCUCGCCGACGCCGAGCGCGAGCAAGAGCGCUGGUUCAACCAGACCGUCCGCGGCGCCACUAAGGAGGAGCCCCGACACAUCCAAUGGGCCUCGACCGUGGUCGAGGAGCCCGAGGAGGAUUGGAACCCGGAGGACGCCUCCGACCUGGAGUCGGACGUCAGUGAGGACAGCGACGAGGAUGACUCUGACUUCGACGAGAACGAUUUUGUCAUCAACACUCCUGUCCGCCGUCGGGCACCCUCGCCGCCCGCCCCGCUCACCCUCUCGAUCCCCGAAUUGGAGGAAGAGGACGACGACACCGAUUCGGACUUUGAAUACGACGAUGUGGAGGACCUGGAAGAUCUCAGCCUGACUCGUUCGCCAUCGCGACAGUCGCCGCCCGAACUGCUGGCGGACUCGGACGACUCCUCCGAGGACGAGGCCACGCCUCCUUCCCCGCCUCAACCUACUCUCGAGGCCUUUGACGAGAAGGAACCCACCACCACCGCCAUCCCGCUUGCGCCCUCGGACCAGGAUCAACCUCAUCUGUUUGAGCCAGGGUACUACGUUGCACAAGAGCAGAGCACUCUCAUCGAGGCGUACUAG